GAGGUGUUAUGCUGUGUCUGGUGCAGCCGGAACCAGGUGCUCUGCUCCCUGAUUGGGAUGGGGAGGAGUGGCACUCUUGGGCACUGCAGUGCAUUUCCUCAGUAAGCUACACUGACCACUGCAGCAGGGGAACUGCGUGCCUCCUUCCAUCCCUCUUUUCCUGACAUGCCAUGUUGAUUUCUUGGUGGUAUCUAUACCUGGCAGCCCGGAACAUCAUCCAUCAAACUCUGGACAUGGCCUCAGUCCUGCAGAAGCUCAUUAUGCCCCUCUUCAGUGGGCCAGCAGAGCCACCCAGGAACAAGGUGACCGUGGUCGGGGUGGGCCAGGUGGGAAUGGCCUGUGCCGUCAGCAUCCUACUGCGGGACCUUUGUGAUGAGUUAGCUUUGGUGGAUGUGAUGGAGGAUAAACUCAAAGGAGAAAUGAUGGACCUCCAGCAUGGUAGCCUCUUCUUAAAGACACCAAAGAUAGUUGCUGGCAAAGAUUACUCGGUGACUGCUCACUCCCGGAUCGUUGUGGUCACAGCUGGUGUUCGCCAGCAAGAGGGGGAAAGCAGGCUGAAUCUGGUGCAGAGGAAUGUCAACAUUUUUAAACACAUCAUCCCUCAGAUUGUCAGAUACAGCCCCAACUGCAUCCUGAUUGUGGUUUCCAACCCAGUGGAUGUCUUAACCUAUGUGACCUGGAAGUUGAGUGGUCUGCCCAAACACCGCGUCAUUGGUAGUGGCACCAACCUGGACUCGGCCCGCUUCCGCUACCUGAUGGCUGAGAAGCUUGGCAUCCAUUCCAGCAGCUUCAACGGCUGGAUUUUAGGAGAGCAUGGAGACUCCAGUGUGCCUGUAUGGAGUGGUGCAAAUGUAGCAGGGGUGAGUCUUCAGAAACUCAAUCCAGACAUUGGGACGGAAUGUGACAAGGAGAACUGGAAGGAAACUCAUAAGAGGGUUGUAGACAGUGCCUAUGAGGUCAUUAAACUGAAGGGGUACACCAACUGGGCUAUUGGUCUAAGUGUAGCUGACCUGAUCGAAAGCCUCAUGAAAAAUCUGAAUAGGAUCCAUCCAGUGUCAACUAUGGUAAAGGGCAUGUUUGGCAUAGGCGAUGAGGUGUACCUGAGCCUGCCCUGUGUGCUGAACAGUAGUGGGGUGAGCAGUGUUGUCAACAUGACUCUGACUGAGGAUGAGAUGGCCCAGCUGAAGAAGAGUGCUGAUACAUUGUGGAACAUCCAGAGGGACUUGAAAGACUUGUAAUUUAACAUGUAUCACCAAUUCAUUCCGUCAUUACAAAUAACCUGACAGGUCAAAAAAAGGUUUCCGCCAUUUCAGUGUAACUGAUUUCUAUUUGAAUAAACCUUAAAGACCUAA